AUGGACGACAACGACACCCCCGUCAGAGGGUCCGACAAUAUGGUCUCCCAGCCGAGUCAGAAUGCAAAUAGCUACGACAUCAUCGACAUCGGAGGUAGCAAGUUACGCGACUACUUGCUGGCGGCGCUACAACGUGACUUUCUCAACAAGAAAGACCCGGAAGUGCCUUACGUAUCCGACAUCUUCACAUCGAGCGACGAGGGUCUGGAGCUCUGGAGCACCAUCACCUCCCUCCCGACAUGGUACCAGACCCGCGAGGAGAUCGACCUCCUGCGCCGUUGGGGACCUGAUAUCGCAAAACACGUGCGCCCGGGCACGUCGCUCGUGGACCUGGGAAGCGGGGACGUCAAGAAAAUCACCCCUCUUCUCGAAUGUCUGGAAGCCCAGGAAUUCGGCGUGACAUACUACUGCGUCGACCUGUCGCGGGCUUCGAUCGCGCACGGCCUGGAGACGCUGUCGGCACGUCGAUACCGGCACAUCACGCUCGUCGGGCUGUGGGGCACCUUCGACGCGGCUAAGCUGUACCUCGACCAGAUCGCCAGCCCUCGCUUCCUGGCCAGCCUGGGCGCAGAGAUCGGCAACGACACGUUCGACUCCGCGCGCGCCGACCUGGCGUCGUGGGCGGCCAAGAUGAGACCGGGCGACCAGCUCCUGCUCGGUCUCGACGGCACUCGGGACAAGACCAAGAUCUGGAAAUCCUACCACCAUAGCGACGUCCAUCGCUUCAUCCGCACCGGCAUGGCCAGUGUGAACGCCACGCUGCCGUCCCCUUGGUUCAGGGACGAGGACUGGGUUCUGGACGGCGAGAUUCGCACCUACCCCGAAGAGUUCUCGCAUCGCUUCUUCUUCACCGCGCUGCGCCCCGUCUCGUGUCCCGAGGCCGGGGUCUCCUUCAGCCCGGGAGAUCGGUUCGAGUGCUGUGAAAGCCAUAGAAAGACUCCCGCCGAGAUGCGAGUCAUCUUCAAGGCCUGUGGACUGAACGAGAUCCAAUUCUGGAAGUCUCCUGUUGGUGAUAUGUAUGAGUAUCUGCUCGUGCUCCAAGAUGAACCCUGA